UUCCUCGCUCUUGCGGAGGAGCGCCUAGCAGACGACCGGCCGAAAAGCUCCCCUCGUCGUGGGAUCGAUCGCAACCAACAUGACGGCGACGCUAAGCGGACGACGGCGGUCGCUUGCAGAACCACGAUCCUCAGUCGAAGCGAGCUCACAUGGCCUGUGGCGAUGAGGCGUCCUGAGCAGCGUCGGGUCAGUCGGAGCCUUCUUCCCCCAACAGCCGGUGGCGGCGGCCCAUGCCGACCUCCUCGUCGUGUUCGCUGGCCCUGCCACUGUUGCAGACGGCCGACGACGAGCAGGAUGGCUACUGCACCACCACUGCCGCGGCGGACGGCGGCAAGACGUACUCCAACGGAGUGGUCGACGAAGAAGACGAAGACGGCACCACCUCUUCUUCGUCCGGUCACUCGUGGGAGCUGUACAAGGGCCUCGCCUUCUCCUCACUGUCAAGCUUCUUCUUCUCCAUAUGCACCGUCAUCGUCAAGAGACUCAAUUACAUAUCGGCGGCCGAGCUGGCUGUGGUGCGCUUCCUAGGCAUCCUGGUGUUCACGGCGCCACUGGUGGUGCUGAGCCGCGAGUCGGCGCUCGGGCCGCGGGGCGUUCGCCGGCUGCUGGUGCUGCGAGGACUGCUGGGCGCCACCAGCCUGUUCCUGCGCUUCUACGCCAUCCACUACAUGCCCAUCGCCGACGCGUCCGUCAUCAUCUUCAGCGUGCCCGUGUUCGUGUCGGCGCUGGCCAAGCUGUUCCUGAAAGAGCCGUGCGGCUUCUUUCACGUGGCCGCCGUCAUGGUCACCCUCGUCGGGCUCGCGCUCAUCACCAAGGUGCCGCUGCUGUUCGGGGGCGACCAGGGGCCCGUGCAGGCACGCGGCGUGAUCGCCGCGCUGUCGUCCACCGUGUUCGGUGCCAGCGUGUACAUCGUGGUGCGCAAGGUCAAGGGCGUCCACCACUCGGUCAUCAUGUUCAACUUCGGCUGGGUCGCCAUCCUGGAGACGGCCACCAUCUCGCUGCUCACCGUCGGCCAGCUGGAGCUGCCCCGCUGCGGCGUCGACCGAUGGCUUCUCGUGGUGCUCGGCGCAUUCAGCUUCGGCGGCCAGGUGCUGCUCACGCGGGCCCUCCAGCUCGAGCAGGCGGGCCCCGUGUCCGUGGUGCGGUCGGCGGCCGACAUUGUGUUCGUGUUCGUCUGGCAGGUGGCGUUCUUCGGCGAGGUGCCCGACCGGUACACCAUGUCCGGCGCCGUGCUCGUCACCGCCUGCGUGCUCCUCACUGGCCUGCGCAAGUGGGCGCUCACGCUGCCCGACAGCUCGGCCACCAGAGCCAGGCUCGCCUGGCUCAUCUCUUGAUCACACGCUUCGCCUCGCCGUGUUGGCUUAAGAGCAACGCAAGCUCUCGGUAGCUUGCGAGUGUCAGAAAAGCUUACUCCGGGCACUAUCAGGCAAACCACUGUGCUGUAACGAUUCACUCAGACCACGCAGGUGUUUCCAAAAGAUCGGGCAAACAAGAGUGACUAGACAAACCAUCAUGUCACCAACAUGCGCACAACAUGCGAUCGCCGCCUAUCGAUCCUUCUACAAAAUGGCGGCUGCUUGCCGCGCGAUAGCGUCCAUGAGAGCGAAGACAAGAAUGUCGGUCCGGCGCUAACAUUUUGCACGAGUAACGGAUUUCAAGACACACAUGCCCUGCUCACUCCCAUCGAUCCGUUGGCGCGCGGUUAUUGCUGUUUUAUCGCUUGGGAGAGCUUGCUACCAGAUACGUAGAACUGGGCAUGCUUUCUCUUAGGUGUGUGCACUCAAGAUGUAGGUUCUCAAUGGUCUGACUUGGGGCUACGCGAUUACAGGCUACGUUUUGUUUUUUGUCACAGCUGUCUUGAAAUGCCGACGCCCAUCGACGCUCUAGAAUGAAGGCCUGACCACGCGCACCUCUUGCAGCGCGUCAGCGCGGGGCUUCCUGGCGUGGCGCCUUCUUCCUGUAGAGAGAGAGGGCACGUGGCUACGCGCCUACUCUCUCCAUAGGAAGAGGGCGCGCUGAUGCGCUGCAACAGGUGCAUGUGGUCAGGAAAACAGGAACUCCUUGGUGCGUAAAAAUGCUCUACUGCGCGUUCCGCAACUAGUCAACGUCUGCUGGCGAUACCGUCAAUAUAAUCUUGCUGUAUUCGUGAGGCCGCGACGAUGCAUCAAGACGCAAAAAUGGUGGUUCCUAAACAGAGAAGCAGAAGCGUUUCCUUUUCUGGUCGAGUCAACUUCAGUGCUGUAUGUAUCGGCGGACAAGUGCCGCCAUCUCUUGUCAUGGUCGGCGUUCCUCGGACUCUCGUCAGCGGAGUUUACUUUCUGGAUAACGUCAAUGUAAGUACGAUAACGCCGCUGAAAGUGACGAACCUCUCUAGCGCCUUUCGGCAGUGUUGGUAGCGUGGUGUGUGUAGAAUCUGCAUCCAGCGACCCUGGUCGACCUUAGUACGACGUUCCUCGCGGUUCUGGAUACGCGCUCUCGCCUCCUGUAGUCAGCGCCUCACAUAUCGUGCUUGUACGUUCCGUACAGAUCUAGCUGUGAUAAUAUUGAGAAGAUAUGCUUGUGUCCGCGGAUGAGAACAAAAUAAAGAAUUAUUGAUGCUUGUUAGAAA